CUGUUUUAUAACAAUGGCUGACAUUUGUGACAAGUGUUUUUUGUUAAAGUGCAAGAAGUUAUUUAAACGAAAGUGAUUUAGUAUCUAAGGAACAUGUAGAUAUUCUACAAUGACAUCACGGAUAAAUAACUAUUAAGAAAUUAUCUCUGGGGCCUAAUGACAUGGGAUUUUGUACGAGAAGGCAUUUGUUUUUAACAAUAUGUGUUCUUCAAAUGAUAACGGUCGUCGAAAGGCAAGUUUUCGAUUUUCUGGGGUUUCUAUGGGUGCCAAUAUUGGUUAAUUUUUUCCAAAUAAUAUUUAUUAUUUUUGGAUUUUUCGGGGCCUAUCAAUAUCGACCAAAAUAUAUUAUUGCUUACCUAUUGUGGCAUCUGUUUUGGAUAGCCUGGAAUACAUUCUUGAUUUGUUUAUAUUUAAAUAUAGCUGGAUUAGAUCACGACACAAAUAAGGUGCUCAAGCUAGACCCAACUAGUGAUAGUUGGUGGAAAAAAGAAGGACCGGGUUGCAAAAUUGUUAAUGUAGAUGAAAUACCUCUUGUAUAUGAGGGAUGCUUUCUGGAUUAUAUCUACAUUGAAGUAUUUCACGCUGGGUUGCAAUGUUUUUUUGCUAUGUUUAGCUGUGUGGUAGGCGUUUGUUUAAGCAGAACAUUUUUGGAAGAAGAUGACACCUCGUCGCAUAAAUCAAGUAGAAAAAACACAAAACAACGCAUGUCUCUUUACUCCAUCGAAUUCAGCACUCAGCUGGACAGGCAUGGGGACAGUGACAAUGAUUUUGAUCACUUGCCAUCUUCUCCAAAACCCAUGACCCCGCGCAGGGUGAAAAGACGCAGUGUCAUGCAAAGAGGAUCAUCAGGACGGCAUAGUACUAGUACUAGAAGGCUGUCGCAAAACCGCUCGUCUACCAGGAGUUCUCGAAGAACACAAAAUCCAGUGACUAGGUUACUAGAACAGCAACAGAAAUGCCAGGCCUAUGAAAGCAAUACCAGUCAAUCCCCUGUAGAAUCUCCAAUCCCAAAUUAUUCAAACGUGCACCCUCAGCAAUGGUCUCAUACUGGCCAUACGAAUCCUUCCUAUCAACAAUCAAGCACCUCCCUUAAUCAGGAUAUUGAGGAGCUUUAUAACAACCGCCCAGCAUCAGCGAGGUCAAGCUAUUCAAAUUUUCAUGGAGCUAGGGCUAAUUAUUCACCCCCUAAGUUGUAUCAUAGUCACGCGACACCACAAGUUCCCCAGAAAAGGGGUAACCCUUCUCGAAAUAGUAUGAGAUCUAUGACUUUUAUGAAUAAUGGACCACCUGCUUAUACCAUGCAACCUCCUUUGCCUAUUGAUUCAGAAACUGCAAUGUAGAUAUUUUGAUAUGCAAAUUGCGUUUGGUUGAGAGAAAAUCAAUAUAGCAUCGAAAAACUACAUAGCUAAUUGAUUUUUAUCCAGCUUUAUGUUAAAUUUCAUUGUAUUAACUAUGGUGCUCAACGCAAGGAAUGUAACAAUACGUCAGACAUUUCCCUAGGACAUUAUGGUCAAUUGUAAAAUAUUUAUUCAACUUGUAUAUUUAAUUAUAAUAUUUUCUUGUAAUUUAGUGUUGCUGUAAUUGUGAUAUUCUCAUUUUAGUUAAAAUAUCAUGCCAUUAUUUACAUAAUAAAUGUACUUGAAGGACUGUUGUCAUCGACAAGACUGUUAUUGGCUCAAGCGUUAUUUUUAGAAACUUUUUACUAUUUAAAAAUUUACAGAUUUUUACUACUCAUGCAAUAGAUAGAGCUUGCCUUAAGGUACCAAGUUGCCUAACUUUAUAUUACUAGUAUCGUUUCUGUUAAAAAACCAUAUUGUUAUGCUAAUAUUUCGAUGAGUUAAGAUCUCAUUGUUUAUAACUUUCUGUAGUUAUUUUUUCUUUGCUUUUAUUAAAAUCAGUUAACUACCAUCACAUAAUUGAUAACUUUGUCAUAUUAUAUACCCAGUACAAAAUUAAUGAUUUGUGUUCAAUUUACGUGAAACUUUGUGUAAAUAUGGCUUGUAGUUAUACAUGUUCGUACCAAAGUAUUACUUAAAAUAUAUUUUACAAUACUUAAUUGUGUAAUAAAGUCAAUACAGUUAAUU